AUGGGCAUUGAAUGGGCUCCCAUCAGUGUGGAUGGGUCUCGCAAUCCAGCCGUCCGGAGACAUGCACGUUCCCUGGCUAUGCGUCAGUAUAGACGGCGGCAGAAGGAAGAGGUUGAACGAAAGCACAAGUCGACAACUGAAGACAGUGCGUCGACUACGGCGAUGAAGAGUAGACCACGACGAAGCGUUACACCAGCCUCGAGCGUGAGUACCAAGAUCGGAAGCCGCAACUCCAAGCCGAAAUCGUUGGUGUUCAACUCCUUGUCGUGGCGUAAGGAUGCCGAAGAGAGGAUCCAGGAGCCGGAGGUGAUUGCCGAUAGCCUGAGACUAUGCAAGAAAUAUCUCCAAUGGCUACGCCCAGACGGGAUUUUGACAGACGCCGAUUUCACCCUCUACGUAGCCCAGCAAGAGCUCCCGGACCCUUUACUGAUUGCUGCGAGCCACCUUGUCGCAGGGCGGUAUUUGGAUGCUGCCCAUUUUCGAGCGCCUGGCAAGAAGUGCGAUGAACGCAAGAAUGAGGUUUUGGCGAGCUUGAAAGCUCGUUUGAAGGACGGGGAGAUGCUCGUGUCUGGCGAUGUUGUCAAUGCUAUCGUUUGUUUGUUGCAUUAUGAGCUAUGUGAGGGCAACGACGAAGCCUUGGUCCACCUACAGGGUGUGAAGGCUUUGAUCGGCACGAUUGACCCUUCUAGUAGCCGUAUGUUUGCAAGCUGUGCCAUGAGCCUUGAAAUGGGCGACCUCAUGCACGCGCUCAUGUUUUCAAGAAAAGCCGAAUUCGUCUCCUUGGGAAAGCAAAGCCCCUUCAGCGAACCGACAUACUCAUCCUACCAUGCCAGCAUUUUGACAAAGGAACUCGACCAGAUCAACGACCUGAUCAUCUACCCUUACUUCACCAAGGUCGACACGAUGAUGCAAGACGUAUCACGAAAAAUCGAGAAAUCUCUCGACGGCCCUCAAAUCCGUCAGAGAGAGGCGCGGCGGAAUUCACCUUUCGAAAAGCUCUCGAGAUCUAUCGGUACACUCUCCCAACAGACGCAGUUAUGCGACCUAGAACUCUUUGUGCAAGCCGCCAAAGCGACCAAUAUUAUCAUAUAUCGAUACGCCGUGCUCAAGUACCCCUUUAACGACCUCGAGAACCAAUCGCAAGUGGAUCCUAUCAUCGCCGCUAUGAUUCAUGUGCCGAGUGAGAGAUGGAGGGUUCUGAAGUACUUUCGACUGUUUAUGCUACUCGCAGCCCUGUGCGCCGCCGAAGAACCACGCAGACGAAGUUUCUGCGAAGCCCACCUUGUUCGCGCUAUGCUUCAACUAGGACCGCAAGCGUGGCUCAAUACUCGCAGCGUUGCUGACACGGCCAACUUUCCAGAGUUCUUCGUCAAAUUCAUCAACAAUGUGAGUGCUGUACGGGCGCCUCCGGCCGGUCAGGCUUCGCUGCAUCGGUUGUUCGAUACCUGGGAUGCGAGUAUGGAGCGGCACAUUGAGGCUGUGAAAUUGGGUCGUACAUACGCUCAGAGAGUCUGGAUUGACACUAUGGAUCAGAAUACGCCUUCAACCGACCAGAACGCCGUCGCAGGCAGAGAUUCCAACGAUGAUAACAACCACAGCAACACCGCCCCUCAACCACCUCGCACCUCCCCCUCCUCACCCAGCAUCUCCACCCGCCGCCUCCAACUCGCCUAUGACAUCCACGGCAUCAUCCACCCCGUCGACCUCGAAGGCCCCGACCUCCUCCCCUACCAAAUCCACCUCCUCCAAACCGCCUCCGCCGCAACCCUCCAGCGCUACAAAGACCGCAUCCUCCUCGCCUACGAAAAAUCCCUGCGCUAUUUAGGGCGGGAAGGGCAAGGCGUGGAGAUUGUGAAUGAGAAGUUGGGGCGUGCAGGAGAGGAAGGGGCGUUGAAUGAGAUGGUUGUGGAGGUGAAUGGGUUGUUUCGGAUGAUUUUUGGGCCGUUUUAUGACGGGGAGGUGGUGAGGAAUGCGGAGGGGAUGGGUGGGAGGUUGUGA